AUGUCGAGGACUGCCGGUGGCGAGCAUGGCGCCGUUCUACCGCUACCUCGCCUGGAUAUGCUGCCAGAAGAGCUCGUGUCCAACAUUGUCCAUCGCCUAGACUACGAUGAUCUCGCAUCUAUCCGGCUCGUGUGUCGAGCGCUCGAAACCAAAAGCUUCCACGACUUCGCGACCGAAUACUUUUCUGCCAAAGCUUUCAUGAUCUCUUCCGACAGCUUGCAUGUUCUGACUGCGAUCUCCGAGGACAAACGACUGCGGACAUACCUGCGCAGCAUCUACAUCAUCACAUGCUACUUCUCGGACUCAGCUUUCAAAUGUCCCAAUGGCUGUCAUUGUGCAUGGAAGCCGUCGACCCGCCAAGCGGAGACCUAUCGAUACUACAUCAAGGAUCAAGCACAUCUCAAAGCAAGUGGCGAAGACCAGCAAAUCCUGACUCGCGCCUUCCGGAAUCUGCCAAAUCUUGCCGGUCUCCACAUCGCUGAUGGUCUACACGCGGGAGAAGAUAUGGAAGACGCUUGUCUGUACGGUCUGCAGAAAGUGCUGCGUCGCACGAAUCGACCUCCAUCGGUCGCGCCACCGACAAAAGACGACGGCGAGUAUGGACGAUGGUUCAUUCACGUAUGGCUGAUUAUGCUGAGAGCUAUCGCACAAAGCGGAACCUCCACGAUCACGGCCUUCGGCUCCAUCAUUACUAAGACCAGUGAUGGGCUGAGCGUGGGCAAAAAUCUCAAGAUCAGUCAAAAGACUUUCACGGGCAUGAUGAGUGCCAUGCGGAAUCUCAAGAGCCUACACUUGACGAUUCGAGGCACCCAGCUGGUCAAGCCGGUCAAAGGCGGGUCCCCAGACAUCGAAGCCAGUGCGGAUGUGAUGUCUAACUUCGCCAGCAUAUUCGACCAGUCGAAGCUUGAGGAGGUUGUGCUGAGCUACGACAUGUCAGAACCCACCGGCAGGCUGCACACCGCUUUCAUGCAGAAUGUCGCUCUGAGCAAACUCAAGAAAUUGUCCAUGGACGGUGUUCAAAUGCCCGCAAGUGCUCUGAUUGCUGGAAUCAACCAGCUCACAUCCGUCAACGAUCUACUGAUCAGCUGGACCAGUCUUAGCAAAGGCAAAUGGACAUCUGUGUUGCGGGCUAUUGCCCAGCUACCAACGCUGGAACACCUCCAUCUGAUGUGGUUGCAAGAAGAUGGGAGAAAGUGCUACUUCCUCGAGCAGCAGGAAGCUGAUCGUGAAAACGACUGGCUGGAUGAUGGCGAGGCAGGCUUUGAUGCAGACGACGAAGAGGACGACGAUGAUGAUGGGUCGAUGCCAGAGCUCGAGCCGGCCGAUGGCUUCGAUUUGCCAAGAUCCAAUGAUCCUCCGCCAACCACUAGUGCCACACCAGGCAAGACUGACCAAGAUCGCGAAUUCCAAGCCCCGGGACGCGAAGGACAUGGAGAGCGCGGCUACUAUGUCUGCUUGAAGGGUACCGAGGAGAUUGCCAAGUACAUUCCCAUCUUCAUCGAGAAGUACAAUCUGGGAGAAGAUCUUGCGGACGAAGCUCUUGGAAUGCCCUUCCCGCCAUUCGCAGCAGGGGGUGCAGGUCCGCCAGGUUUGCCGCCCGUCAACAUCAACAACCUCAUGAAUAUGUUGGGUGAACCUGGGCUAGGUGGUGCUCCUCAUGUUCACCCUCCAGCACCCGCCGCCACUACCCAGGGCAACAAUGCUGCUGGUGGAGGAGGAGCACACGCACAUAAUCAUGGUCCACAUGUGCCACCAGGCUUCGUCUCGCUGGGUCAUGGCCCUGGUUAUAGCAUGAUGAUGGGGACAUUGCCAAUGCAUGGAGGUCCACCAGCAGCAGUAGCAGCGGGCGCCCAGCAAGCUAAUCCGCAACCUCCACCCGGUCCCGCUCCGACAGCUGCCACCCUACCCCAUGACCAGAUACCACACCCAGACUCGCAAGAGUGGGACGAUCUAUUCGGUCUGGAGGUAGAUGAUGACGACUUUAACGAAGACAUGUUUGAUGAUGCGCAGGAGGGUGCUGUUGAUGAUGAUUUCGAGGGAGGAGGGGAGGACGUGUGGAGCGAGACUCUGCCGAUUAGGCAUGCACGUCUGCCUUCGACUGCGGAGAGUACUGAGGGUGGUGCGCCGCUGCCUGCUUCGUACGGGUCGGAGGAAGGGCUGGAUUGA